UUUUAUUAGUAUUUGCAUACCGGUUUCGUAUGGCUGGGACUUUGUGCAGCAUCAGAAAGGCCCUGUUCUCAAGACACACAAGCAUUGUCAGCAGUGCUCUACGGUGUCACUUCCAUUCUUCUGGAAUAAUGAGUUCCAAAGUGGCUGUGGUUUUGGCUGGGUGUGGUGUGUAUGACGGAAGUGAAGUUCAUGAAGCAUCGGCAACUUUGGUCCAUUUGAGUCGUGGACAGGCAGAGGUGUCCAUGUUUGCUCCAGAUGUGGAUCAGAUGCAUGUUAUAAACCACACCAAAGGAGAACCCAUGGAACCCAAGAGGAAUGUGCUUGUCGAGUCCGCAAGAAUAGCCAGGGGGAAGAUUGAUGCUCUGUCAAACUUAGACUCUUCCAAAUUUGAUGCUGUCAUCUUCCCUGGUGGAUUUGGUGCAGCCAAAAAUUUGAGUACAUUUGCGGUAGACGGAGCUGAUGGUAUGACGAUUGAGAAGGAUGUUCAAAGAGUGAUAAAAGACUUCCAUAAAGAAAGCAAACCCAUUGGUCUGUGCUGUAUUGCCCCUGUUCUCGUUGCCAAGCUGGUUCCAGGCUGUGAGGUCACAGUGGGGUCAGAUAAGGAGGAAGGGGGACGCUGGCCGUACGCAGGAACAGCAGAUGCCAUCGAGUCCAUGGGAUCCAAACACAUCAAGAAAAAUGUCACUGACGUCCAUGUGGACGAGAAGAACAGAAUUGUUACAACACCGGCCUACAUGUGUGAAACUGGUCUCCACCAGAUUUUUGAUGGCAUUGGGAAAAUGGUAGAAAAUGUUCUGUCCUUGGCCAAUACUAAAAGUAAAAUUUAGCACUGUAGUGCAUGAAAAAAAUAAGUGUAAUAUGGGACUGGAUAUUAUUCAAAAUUAUUUAACAAGUGAUGAUAUGAUCAGUCCCAAAACUAGUGUGAUAUUGUCUAGUGCUAUGGUGUGUGAUAUUGUCUAGUUCCUCAGCCCUGACAAAAAGUUGAACAGUGAACCCUCAUUGAUUCCGCCACCUCUUUGCUAAAAUGGCAGGAUUGUGAUGGCUUGGUCAUCUGUUGGUUUAUACAGCAGGACAAUAGGCUACUGAUUGCAGCGGAUUUUACAUAUUCUGGAAAGAAGUGGAACUUUAAUAUACUGAGGCCAAGCCUACAUAAUAUUAAUAAAGGUUGAUCCUGUCGUUCAGUAUCGCUUUCAUUUUAUGUUAGUACCUGUAACUCUAAUACUUUUUAACACCUUGUUUUCUUUUACAUAAAAUGUAUCUCAAAACAGAAAACUUUUCAGUUGUACAUUAAAAGGAAUACCAAACGCAAGAUCCAGUUGAAUGAAACGCAUGAAAAGGCAUACGUUUAUAAACUUGCAUUGCAUGGUUGGAAAUAAACCAGUGCUUUUAAUAAAGGAAGAAGACAUAUAUGUAAAUGUACAAGAAUUUAUUUUAUAGAAUAAAUACAUUUUGAAUAUA